CCCCGCUCCCGGCUCGGCUCGGCUCGGCCUGGCCCGGCACCGCGCUCCCGCCGCCCGCCCGCACCGGCGGCUGCGCGCCUCGCCCGGAAAGCCCUUCGGUUCUGCGUUUUCCCCGGAUUUUUGCGUGCUUGCCCCGCCGUGCCGGGCAGCAUGGGGCUGCCGGCGCUGGAGUUCAGCGAGUGCUGCCUGGACAGUCCGCAGUUCCGGGAGCGGCUGCGCUUCCACGAGGCCGAGCUGGAGAGGACCAACAAGUUCAUCAAGGAGCUCAUCAAGGACGGGAAGUCGCUCGUCGCCGCCCUCAAGAACCUGUCGGCUGCCAAGCGCAAGUUCGCGGAUUCCCUCAACGAGUUCAAAUUCCGCUGCAUCGGCGACGCCGAGACCGACGACGAGAUCUGCAUAGCCAAGUCCCUGCAGGAGUUUGCCACGGUGCUGCGGAACCUGGAAGACGAGCGGAUGCGCAUGAUCGAGAACGCCAGCGAGGUGCUGAUCACGCCGCUGGAGAAGUUCCGCAAGGAGCAGAUUGGGGCUGCCAAGGAUGCCAAAAAGAAAUACGACAAGGAGACUGAGAAAUACUGUGGUGUCCUAGAAAAGCACUUGAAUUUGUCUUCCAAGAAGAAAGAAUCCCAGCUCCAGGAGGCAGACAGCCAGGUGGACCUGGUUCGGCAGCACUUCUACGAGGUCUCCCUGGAAUAUGUCUUCAAGGUGCAGGAGGUCCAGGAGAGGAAGAUGUUUGAGUUUGUGGAACCUCUGCUGGCCUUUCUGCAGGGGCUCUUCACAUUCUACCACCAUGGCUACGAGCUUGCAAAGGACUUCAGUGACUUCAAGACAGAGCUGACAAUCAGCAUCCAGAAUACAAGAAACCGCUUUGAAGGAACAAGGUCAGAGGUUGAAGCUUUGAUGAAGAAGAUGAAGGAGAAUCCCCACGAGCACAAAAACAUCAGCCCCUACACGAUGGAGGGCUACCUCUACGUGCAGGAGAAGCGUCACUUUGGCACUUCCUGGGUGAAGCAUUACUGCACCUACCAGAGGGAAUCCAAGCGCAUCACCAUGGUGCCCUUUGACCAGAAGUCAGGAGGAAAAGGGGGGGAAGAUGAAGCUGUGACCCUGAAAUCCUGCACACGGCGGAAAACAGACACCAUUGAGAAGAGGUUCUGCUUUGAUGUGGAGGCUGUGGAUCGGCCCGGGGUCAUCACCAUGCAGGCGCUCUCGGAGGAGGACCGGCGGCUCUGGAUGGAGGCGAUGGACGGCCGGGAGCCGGUGUACAACUCCAACAAGGACAACCAGAGCGAAGGCACUGCCCAGCUGGACAGCAUCGGCUUCAGCAUCAUCAAGAAGUGCAUCCACGCUGUGGAAACAAGAGGGAUCAAUGAGCAGGGGCUCUACCGGAUCGUGGGGGUGAACUCCAGGGUGCAGAAGCUGCUGAGCAUAUUGAUGGAUCCCAAGACAGCCACAGAGACAGACACAGAGAUCUGUGCAGAGUGGGAGAUCAAGACCAUUACUAGUGCACUGAAAACAUACCUGAGAAUGCUCCCGGGGCCCCUGAUGAUGUACCAGUUUCAAAGGAGCUUCAUCAAAGCAGCGAAACUAGAGAAUCAGGAGUCCAGGGUGUCGGAGAUCCACAGCCUCGUUCAUCGGCUCCCGGAGAAAAACAGGCAGAUGCUGCACUUGCUCAUGAACCAUUUGGCAAAAGUUGCAGAUAAUCACAAGCAGAACCUGAUGACUGUUGCUAAUCUGGGUGUGGUGUUUGGGCCGACGCUGCUCCGACCUCAAGAGGAAACCGUGGCUGCCAUUAUGGACAUCAAAUUCCAGAACAUUGUGAUUGAAAUUUUAAUAGAGAACCACGAGAAGAUAUUUAACACGGUGCCAGAGGCUCCGGCGCCGAACUCGCAGCUGCUGUUAUCGCGCAAGAAGAGCACGGAGUCGAAGCCUCCCUCGUGCAGCGAGCGCCCGCUGACGCUCUUCCACACGGCCCAGCCCAACGAGAAGCAGGAGAAUAGGAACAGCAUCAUCAACUCCAGCCUGGAAUCUGUCGUCUCUUCAAAUGCAAACAGCUUCCUCAACUCCAACAGCGCUCCCCAGCCCAGCCUGAACUCGAGUGAUCUUGAACUAGAAGUAAUUAAGCCCAACAGGCCAAAUUCCCUGAAGAGCCCCUCGCAAAGCCCUCCCAAGUAAGAAGAAGGAAAACAACUGUCCAGCUGACAUUUGCUGCCUGCAGGCAGCUGCCAGAACUUCCCCCCAGCCUCUCACCAUCUCUGCUCUUUUUGUGAGAAACAAAGGAAAUUGGAUCCUACAAGAAAACUGUUUUCCAAAACGCCAGAGAUCUCGGGAUAGCCCAUUCCCUCCUGUACACUGACACCUCCAGCGAGGCAGGACUUGGGUCUGGCAGUCACAUAAGCUCAGGAGGGUGAAACUCAAGCAGUAGCUUGGAAAUAAAUACCUGUAUUUCAUGGGAGGGAGGUGAACCCUUCAUACCCAUCAUACCACAGGGUCUGUUGGUCCUGGGCUGCUGCUCCGGUGAGUCCUGAGCUGUCCAUGGGUUCUUCUUGAGGAAAUGUUCUGGAAGGACUUGCAGAGCAGCUCAGUCACUGUAGGACCAUGUUCAUCUCCUCUGUGAGCACCUGAUGGGCACAGGGUGCUCUGCACACCCCAAUGCACAUGCUGGAAUUAGUGACCUGCUCUUUCUGUGGGUUUGCUGGGCACAGAGUGUUUUCUGUGACACCAAGGAUCCAAAGGCACCAAAAUCCUGCUCCAAACUACUGAUAACUUCUCAGGCAGAGGCCAGCCCAAGUGUUGGUUCUUUCAGGCUUUUUUCCCUGGUACCUCUGAGAUCCUGCUGGUUGCAUUCCCCACUGUCAUGAGCGGAGCGGGCGCGCAGUUGUGGAGCAAUGACAGUGCCUUGAGGAGAAAUGAGAGCUGCAUUCUUCUGCCAUGAUUUCAUCUCAAAAAGUGCAGUAGCAACUUCCAGUCCUGGAGCCCUCUGUCCCUGGAUUUUCCUUCCUUUGUGCGGUGGAGAGACCCAUGGCUGGUGGCAGAAAUGGUGUCCAUCCUGUGCUGGCACACCAGUGCCAUGUCACAGUGGCCAUCCCAUGCUGGCACACCAGUGCCAUGUCACAGUGGCCAUCCCAUCAUGGCACACCAGUGUCAUGUCACAGUGGCCAUCCCAUGCUGGCACACCAGUGCCAUGUCACAGUGGCCAUCCCAUCAUGGCACACCAGUGUCAUGUCACAGUGGCCAUCCCAUGCUGGCACACCAGUGCCAUGUCACAGUGGCCAUCCCAUCAUGGCACACCAGUGUCAUGUCACAGUGGCCAUCCCAUGCUGGCACACCAGUGCUAUGUCACAGUGGCCAUCCCACCACUGGCACACCAGUGCCAUGUCACAGUGGCCAUCCCAUGCUGGCACACCCAGUGCCGUGUCACAAUGUCCAUCCCAUCACUGGCACACCAGUGCCAUGUCACAGUGACCAUCCCAUCACUGGCACACCAGUGCCAUGGCCUCUUGCACCUGGAGCCUGCUGCCCACAGCCACAGUGCUGGGAGGGCUGGUGGGUGUUGGUGGCCGCUCUCAGCAGGACAAGCUCAGCCACAUUUUGGUCACCUGCUCAUCACCCCUCCAAGUCCCACUUUGGCCAGACUCCUUGGAGAAGGGAAUUGCUAGGCCAUCUCUUUGAAAGAAGUGGUGCUUAAAGGGUUAAUUUUGGCAGUUUGUGAUGACUUGUGACCUUGGUAGCACCUCCCCUUUGGGAGUAGGGAUAGAUGGAGUAUCUUGUAAGUACCAACGGCUGUCAGGUUUGGUAAAGACCAAGGAAAACUCAUUUUUCAAAAGAUGCAGUUUUGAUGAUAGAAACGCGAAAGGGUUGUUUUUAAAUAGUGAUGGUUAUUAGCAGAACAUUUGGAGGAUCUCGUUGAUAGCCUGCCUGACAGCAUUCCCUGUUUCCCAGCCUCUGGUGAAGUCAUGCUGCACUCACUGCUGUAUCCAUUUCUCUAUGUGUGUAAUCUUCUGAUGUAAUAAAGGUGUUGCCUAUAAUUUCAGAGGGAA